GUACAGAUAUGAUGUGUGGAGCUACAGUGUUGGGCUGGCUUUUACAGGGGCUCCCAGUGUGACUGCUGCCAGACUGCUUUUACCAACAGAAGUGAAAAAUGUCACUCGGCUCUCUGCUUCUUCAGGUUCCUCCUGCUUUUAUUACCCCGGGAAAGAAGCAGAGCUGGUGAAAGUGGUGUCAUGGGAUCAAAGAAGUGAAAGCUGUCUGGAUGCAUAACAGGUGGUAGACUCACCAUGGGACCUUCUGGGAGAUGACCUUCUUGCUGAAGGAGGUGUCCCUUGGUUCUGUCCUCCUACUUCUUGCUCUCAGAAGGAAACAGUGUAUGAGGCAACUAGGUAUCCCGACUGUGUCCUUUGGGGACAUCUUUCUUCAUAGCUCCACUUGAGUCAUAAAUGCUGUUACAGAAGGUAGAAAAAUCUCUCCCCUCAGGGAAAAUGUGAGGAUGAGAAAGAUUUGAGAUUAGUUCUGUUGGCGUGACACUCCCUCUCCCACAGCUCUCACAAACUGCGCCACAGGAGCCGUGUGAGCUGCGUGUUUCUGGUAAGGCUUAGAUGGCAUUGGCAAGGCCCCAGGGCUGGGGGGGUGACUCUCUGCAAGGCCAAGCUUUCUCAGCCGGUUUGGUCUGUGUGUGGGUGGACUGAUAACCAGAAGUGAGGAUGGGCAGGGGCAGCUGCUGGAUGGAGACAGCCCUGAGCAGAAAGUGCCCUAAGUGCGAUGCAGCAUACCGGGAAAUGGGCUGCUCUGGGUUAAGGGAGAUAGCAGCUGCUGGUUGCAAAGACAAUGGUUUUUUCUGCAAAGCAGCCGAUGUCCCCAGACUGUGUGUUGACUAACCCCGUGAUUAGAAGUGACAUUGUCACUGUAGUGUUCUGCUCAUAAUGCUGUCAAAUCUGGUAGAACUACUGCCAAGUGGUUCAUUACACCCUAGUGAAAUAGUGGAGCAUGAGGCAAAAGUCUGUAAAGAAAGGCUGGAGGCCUUCUUAACAGCUUCUGAAGGUUGAUAGGAACUGCAGAAUGGAGGGAGUUGGUCAAUCCCUUCUGACUUGCGAGUCUGUUGACCCCUAAAAGUUUGGGGGAGUGAGGACAGACCUUGCUAAUUACUCUUCUGCCUUGGCCCUUUCCCAUUCUGAAUCCAGGGGAAAUGCUCGGCACAGCUCUUUGGCUCCUGCUUAUUGUUGUGGCCUCAUUCUCCUUUUGAAAAUCCCAGAAGGGUUUGUCCAAGUGUAUGCAUCUUAUCAGCACUGCACAAAGGGAAGGAAAAGUUCAGCAGCAUGGACUUUGUUUGUUUGUGUUGCCACACGCUUGUGACCUGGGGAAGCUGUGACAGGUCUGUGCUCUCUAUCGCACGCUGCACUGACUCAUGGGACUCAGUAGAAUGGGGCAUGCAGGUCUUAUCAGCAGCCAGGGGUUAAUCGUGGGUGGGCGGAUGUUUGUGGCACCAGGGCUGUCUGUGGCAGCAGCUGUUAUUGUCCGUGUGAGAGGCCGGCAGUGUGGAGGGGCACUGAUUGGGACAUGCCAACGUGAAAUGCUGGCACGGAGCCCCUGUGCUGACGGCAGCCCUAUUGUGCUGGGGUGUUAGGAGGGCUAUGGGCAUGCCAGGCUUUACAACAAAGCGUUUGGCUCCGUGGAGGCUUCUAGCACGGGUGCUGAGAAGAUGGCCUCCCCAGGUCCUCCAGGGACCCGCAUGACGUCCACAGUCAGCAUCAACAUUUCUACCCCUUCCUUCUACAACCCACAGAAGAAGUUUGCACCCGUGGUUGCCCCUAAACCCAAGGUGAACCCCUUCAAGGCUGGGGGUGCGUCAGAGUCAUCGCUGCCCCCACCUCCUGGACCUGGUGCCCAGCGUGCUCAGAUAGGGAAGGUGGGGGAGAUUCCAGUACCACCCAUGUCCCUGCUGGCAGAAGACCUGCCGCUGCCACCUCCUCCUCCACCUGGGGAGGAUGCAAGCUUUUCCUCAAACUGUGCAUUUCCACCACCCCCACCGCCCUUUGAAGAACCUUUCCCACCAGCCCCAGAUGAAGCUUUUCCUUCACCUCCUUCUCCACCUCCUCCUCCUCCACCAGUGUUCGAUGAAGGACCUGUGAACAAGGUUCCUGCCCCACAGGUACGUGGCAAGAUGAGCAGCGUUGAUCUUGAGAUUGACUCACUGUCUGUAAUGUUGGAUGACAUGGAGAAGAAUGACCCCUUCAAAUCCCGGAUCACUGCAGGAUCCACAGGUUCUCUGGAGAAACCGCUGGCCGCAAUAGCCCCCGUGGAAAUACCAUCUGGACCCAAAGAUACUCCUCAUUCCUUUCCUUCUAAGUUCACACCAAAGCCAAGUGGAAGCUCAUCUUUCAAGCCCCCUGGGGUGGAUUUGAACCCCACCCCAACCCCAUGGGCAGCCCCACAGCAACGCAAGGAGCCCCAGGCACCAGUCCCUCCACCCCCCUCUCUCCCUUCUGCUCAGCCUACCCCUAAAUUCGCCCCAUCUCCUGUUGCUGGCUCUCCUAAGUCUGUGUCCAAAUCAGGUGACAGUGUUCCAGUGGCUCCCUCAAAUUCUACAAGACACCCUACUUCCCUUCAGACUCAGUUCACAGCCCCUUCACCUUCAGGCCCCUCCUCUCGACCACAGCCCCCUAAUUUCACCUAUGCCCAGCAGAGGGAAAGACCCCAAGUGCAGGAGAAGCCACGUCCAACAGAAAAACCUGCUGCUGCAAAAGACACGCAUAGACCCACAGGUUCCAGUGCAGAUCCACCUAGGGGGAAUUCCUGUCUGACAAUGAAGGAGGUAGAAGAGCUGGAGAAGUUGACCCAGAAACUAAUGAAGGAUAUGGAGCAUCCACCCCCAGCAGAGGCUGCAACUUCUGAGCUCUGCGGCUUCUGCCGGAAGCCCCUGUCACGAACCCAGCCAGCUGUGAGGGCCCUGGACCGCCUCUUCCACGUGGAAUGCUUCACCUGCUUCAAAUGUGAGAAACAGCUGCAGGGGCAGCAGUUCUACAAUGUGGAUGAGAAGCCCUUCUGUGAGGACUGCUAUGCUAGCACCCUGGAAAAGUGCAGCGUCUGCAAGCAGACCAUCACAGACCGGAUGCUGAAGGCCACUGGUAACUCAUACCAUCCCCAGUGCUUCACCUGUGUGAUGUGCCAUACCCCCCUGGAGGGGACCUCUUUCAUUGUGGACCAGUCCAACCAGCCUCACUGUGUGGAUGACUACCACAGGAAGUAUGCUCCACGCUGCUCAGUCUGUAGUGAACCUAUCAUGCCAGAGCCUGGAAAGGAUGAGACAGUGCGUGUUGUUGCACUGGAGAAAAAUUUCCACAUGAAAUGUUACAAGUGUGAGGACUGUGGGAAGCCCUUGUCCAUUGAAGCAGAUGAGAAUGGGUGCUUUCCUCUGGAUGGGCACGUGCUGUGUAUCAAGUGUCACACUGCCCGUGCAAAAACAGCGCGCUGAGGAGCUCUGAGGAGGCAUUCCCUCGAGCCCCCCACUCUCAGUACUCCUUCCCUCCCUGCCAUUGUCCUACCCCUCUGCCUGACAAGGCAGACUGCUACCAAUGGAGACUAUGCCAGCACAGUUCUUUACUCAUGUAGGAUUCACUGCUCCUAGACUUCACUCUGCACACCCACCAAGAAAGGAUCUCUUCUCCUGUCACUGCUUCCUGGCCACAGUGUAUUCCAGGCUGGGGGCUGUGAUAAGGUUAGUGCACAACUGCUGUUCCCUCGAGACUCUGGAGGAUAAAGAUCAGACCUCCACCACCGCCUGGUGGAAGAAGGAAGAAAGACCUGGUAGCAGGUGCUGGGAAGGGCUGAGAGCAUUCUUCAGUUUCGUGGAGCCAAGAACAAUGAUUUGACUUGAGAAGGUGGAAGCCUGCAUCGUGGCACCACUUCUGUCUUUUAUUUUAUAUCUUGUGACACCUCGUUAUCAGGAUGCCUUCCUCUGCCUGCUCCCGCACCUGGAUUAGAGUGUGGAGGCAGAAAGUAGUGGGAAUCUGUUGCUGUUGCUGGAGAAAGCUAACCUGCUAUAGCUUUUCUGUCUCUAAAGGAUUUUACUGAUUAACUGUCUUGUCAUUUUUUUCCUUAGCCAGAUUAAACUGGCAGUGUUUGAAAUACUACUCUGAGUUUGGAAACUUUUUUUUUUUUAAAAAUCUUUUUCCCCUUCCCAAAAUGAUUUGUUUCCCAGUGCGGUUUCUGGACAGCCAGGCUGGGCACCAGAGUAGCAAAGCAGUCCAAAGAAUGCAUGUUUACAAAUAAAGACCGUCGUAAGGACGGGCAGCACAUGGUGAGGAGGCGUCUCAGUGCAUGGAUAAGGAUUCAGCAGACUGAGGAAUGUCUCCUGUUCCAGUAGGGUUUCUUUCACUGCUGUCAGUGAAAGCUGCAGUGUAAUUGCAAUGUACUGUCUGGCUCUAAGUGUUACUGCACCGAGCCCCAUUUCCUGGACUAGAAACUGUCUCAAACUGAACAAACCUUUUGAAUAACAACACUGUCCAACCACUGUUUGCAUUCAAUAAAAUGUGUGGUUUUUUUCCAUUAA